CCCUUCCCCCAGACUGUAGGAUCCGAGUCACGUCUUCGCCACACAGCAGUGAGGACAACACAAACUAGUGCUUUAUACUGUGACGUGACGGAGUGGGGACGCGUGUGAACCUCAGUGAGCGUGUACACGUGUGUUUAUGAGGCUCAGAGCCCCAGAGUGUGUUCUUGUGUUUAUAUGCGCCACAGAGUGUGUUAUUCUACACGGAGCUACAAGUCGGCUGUGUGACGUCAUAACGAGGAAUCUCUAAGCUCUGAAGAUUUUUGGACUGUUAAAGUUUUAUAUGUAAAUGAGGAGGAGGGGUGAAAAGUGACCAACCACAGGAGCACAUUGCAGAUGUCCCACGAUGUCUCUGCGACGUCAUGAUUCUUAGAUUGUUUAGCUUGUACUGUGAUGUCUCACUGACUCCGCCCCUUCUCUGACUCGCCCAUUAUGGAGGUGGGGAGCUGGUCGGCAGCAGAGGUUACUGAUUGGCUGGCUGAGGAGGGAAUGCUGGAAUAUUCCGAGGCUCUCAGGGACGUAGACGGCGAGGCUCUUUUGCGACUUUCCGAGGCGGAUUUUCAAAACCCACCGCUGUGUCUGGUUGCUGGAGACAACGGGAGGCGUCUUCAGGAGCGCCUGGAGAUGCUGCAUAUCGCCCAACACAUAGGUAACCAUGGAGACAAUCGUCAUGUCAAAGGGCACAUCGGAAAUGGGGAGAUUCUCAAUGGGGCGGUGAGGAACGGAUUCCGAUCAGACGCGGUUCAGAUCCAUAUUCCUCGUCCAUCAGAAAGCGAGCGCACAUCGUUUCCCACAGAGUGGUACAAAACGGGCAUGGCCUUUGGGUAUGCACUGUGCUGCUUCAUCACUACAUCCAUUGUGAUUUCCAUCGUGCACGAACGAGUGCCAUCCAUAGAGGAGUCUCCGCCCCUGCCGGACAAGUUCUUUGAUCUGUUUGAUCGCGUGCAGUGGGCAUUUUCAAUCUGUGAAAUCAAUGGCAUGCUCCUCGUCGCCAUCUGGUUCAUACAGUGGAUCCACCUCAAACACAGGUCCAUCGUUGGACGGCGUUUUUUCUUUAUUGUUGGAACACUGUACCUCUACCGGUGUGUUACCAUGUACAUCACCACCUUACCUGUGCCAGGCAUGCACUUUAAAUGUGCACCCAAGUUGUUUGGUGACAGAGAGGCUCAGCUGAGGCGCAUUAUGAAGAUGAUGUUGGGUGGCGGUCUGUCCAUCACGGGCUCUCACUCCCUGUGUGGUGAUUAUCUGUACAGCGGGCACACUGUCAUGUUAACACUAACAUACCUGUUUAUUAAAGAGUAUUCUCCGAGGAGGUUCUGGCCCUAUCACUGGAUGUGUCUCGCUCUGAGUGUCAGUGGGAUUUUCUGCAUCCUAUGGGCUCAUGAUCACUACACGGUGGAUGUGGUGGUGGCGUACUUCAUCACCACACGUCUCUUCUGGUGGUACCACACUCUGGCCAAUCAGCAGUGUUUGAAGCAGGAUUCGCAGAUUAACGCGUUCUCUCGCGUCUGGUGGUUUCGUCUCUUCAGCUACUUCGAGCGAAACGUCCAGGGCGUCGUUCCUCGCCACUACCAGAUGCUGUUGCCAUGGCUCCGGUUACCAUGCCGACUGUCUGCAGCAGGAUGGGUGAAAUUUAGCUUCACAGACUCGCUGUAAUGUUGUGGAUGGAGUGGAAGUAACAGAGACUCAUUUGCCAUCCGCCUGCAGCCUGGGCUCAACACUGUGAUGUGGAUUUUCCUUCUUUUGGAAUUUCUGUUUUAAACGUUAAACGUCCCUGAAAAGACGACAUAGCGCCAAGAAAACGAUUUUAAUAUAUACAACGCUGCCAAAAUUUCUGAUCUAAAUACAUACAUAUAAAUAUAAAAGAUAAAUUAACCACCAAAUAGUAUCUGAAGAAUUUUUUGGUAUUUUUUAUAAGUAUAUUGUAAUCAUAUUAAUUGAGAAGUCGGAGACUUUUUCUAACGACUUUGGCAGAUUUAUUUUCCCAAAGUAAAAAAAAAACAAAGUGUUGGAUGUUUUUUAGAUUUGUAUUUUUCCUGAAUGCUGGAGCGUCUCACUGGGAUAUGAGAUUUUUUCAGUGCCUUCCUCGUCAGCGAUUCAACACCCCACAGCUUCACACCGCUGGUCAGCUUGAGCUCUGAAUGUUUCUUCGUCUCGUUGUGACCAGAUUUGAUUGAUUGAAUGUAGGUUAAAGGUCAAGUUCGCUUCACCCGAACUUCCAAAGAAAUUUUAGGUGUUUCUAAAAGGUUCAGGGUUUUUUUUUUUUUUUUUUGUGUUCUUUGCUAAUAAUGAAGUAAUAGAGACGACUACGGUGGCCUGGAAAUGCAUCAUAAAACAAAAACCCAACUACAUUAACAAUACAGAAAAGGGCCGAAUUUAUUGAACAAUACACGUUUGUUUUUAACUUGUUCUACACCACAAAGCUACUGAAUCCUGAGCUCUGAUUGGUCAGGUGUUGAUUCAUUCUCUCCAACAGCAGCGUUGUGCGUGUCGCAGGUUUUUAUUAACGUACUCAUUCUGACACCUUAUGGUUUCCAUGGUAACAGCUCCUUCACAGGGACGUUUCUGUAGGGAGAAACGUGUUCAGGUAACAUUUACAAAACAGAGUUAAAGCUGUGGGAGUUUUAAGUUUUUUAGACCUUUGACGGACACUAGAUGAAUUUUAAAAUUGUAAAUUUAUUUAAAAGUAUAAACGUAGAACAUUAUUCUUUAACAAAUUAAAUUCCACAAUUGUUUUGCUGUAAGAUUUCUCCGGGGGUCACGGUGGCUUAGUGGUUAGCACGUUCGCCUCACACCUCCAGGGUUGGGGGUUCGAUUCCCUCCACCACCUUGUGUGUGUGGAGUUUGCAUGUUCUCCCCGUGCCUCGGGGGUUUCCUCCGGGUACUCCGGUUUCCUCCCCCGGUCCAAAGACAUGCAUGGUAGGUUGAUUGGCAUCUCUGGAAAAUUGUCCGUAGUGUGUGAUUGCGUGAGUGAAUGAGAGUGUGUGUGUGUGCCCUGUGAUGGGUUGGCACUCCGUCCAGGGUGUAUCCUGCCUUGAUGCCCGAUGACGCCUGAGUAGUUCGGAUAAGUGGUAGAAGACGAAUGAACGAAUAAAUAAAAUUUCUCCGUUAUAAAAUAAGUACAACUCUUCAGAUCAGUCAGUAUCAACGUCACCAUCCCUGCUUAUUUUCUUGCAACCACAAAGCCCUUAAGUGUGUUACUCUGUAAGCGUAUCUGAAACAACAUCAGCGUAUGAUGUACCACUGAUUAAAAAUGAACGCAAAUCCAAGUGUAAGUAGGUUUAUAGAUGUUCAUGUCCAGCAGUGAGUAAAGGAACGUGUGAGGUUUAGCCCCUUUCUGUUUCCUGUCAAUGUUUCAGUGUUUCUGGAGCUUUGUGUUUACAGGCCACUGUAGCUGAGCGACAUGAUUUUAACAACGUUGUAUUUCACAGUACGUUUUUCAGAGUAUUGUAGCAACGGUUCUAUUUUGUAGCAAUGUUCCCUUGAUCGAGUUGAGUUUUACUUUGUAUUCAUUUUAAAUACUAAAACAACAGUUUUAACACUUUUCUUUACCAGGACACCUAAAAACACAAACCUUAGCAAGUGAAGUAUUAUGAUAAAAUCAUGACCAAAUAUUGUGGUGUUUUGUGUCACACCGCUCACUUUUACUGCCAACCGAAUCGCCCUCAAAAAAAGAGACAAACUUCUCUAGUAGAAUCUGCACAAAUAUGUAGAAACGUUAGACAGAACACACUCCAAUGUGGUGUAUUAACAACUUUAUAAAUUUGCACAAUUUACAUAAUGUAGUAUAAAUAAUAAUUCACAAUAAUAUCACAUGACCAGAAUGUAUUUAAAAAAAAAAUCCAAAUUAUGAUUGAAUUAAAAAUACAAGAUGAUGUUUAUGUUUCUAAAAUUAGUAGAAUUGUAAUUCUAUAGCAAUACACUGUGUUUCGAUUGGCUAAGAGAAGUACAGCAUGUGCUGAAUAAAGUAUCGUGUGUCCUGAUUGGUUGAUGGUGUUCCAUUAAUAUACCAGUGUGUGUUGAUUAGAGUAUUUUACACACCGAUGUCAUCAUCAUAAUAACGUGAAUGUAAAAAAAUCUAAUAUUAUUAAACGGUUUUAAAGAAAUGAAGCACUUUAUAACAUCUUUAUCCAAAUCAGUGUGUCAUCUCAAUCGUCCGUACAGUAAGAGUAGCUCUGUUGCUAGCAUGCGUUGAAUCUAAGCUAAAGUUCAGUUGCUAAUGCAACGUGAAUGUGGUCAGGUGUUUGCUGAUCGUAUAAAACAUCUUAAUAUUUAACACACAGCUUGUCUACUGUUAUAUUCGAAACCAAACAGCUGGAGCGAUGUAUGUAGCGAACAGGUUUCAUUUCUGACUUUAAUCGAAAGUGACCGUCAUGUUAAACUGUAAACUUUGCACCGUGUUAUAAACAAUAAUGCGUCCUAAUAACCAUGUGCUAAACGCCCUUUUAUCUUAUUUCUAAAAAAUGUUAACUCUUACAUUUUCUUUCAGAAUUUGAUCGUAAAAUGACUGAGAUUUUAAAGUCAUCCAAUGCAUUAUAGCUCAAAAUCAAUUGUGUUAAUGUAUUUAAACAGUUAAAGUGUUCAUUUUUUAUGUCUUUUUGUGAAUCAGAGACUCAUGUAAGUAAUUAUUUUUCCUUGUUGUCGAUGUUUUCCUGUUUGUGUGUUAAUAAAUGAAUAUAAUAUGAACCACUCAAGGGUGGAGUUUUAAUAAAAUCUUUAAUUCUGUAAUUUGAA